UACUAUGAGGAAGUAUUUGCAUUAUCAGAAGCUUUGGAACGACUGUCCUCUCUUCCAAGGGAGUUAAAUAACUGGUAUGGACCAAAAUUGAGCUCUGGCUCGUCGUUUAGAAGAGGUCCAAAUAUCAUGAUGCUCCUUGGAUACUUUGUUGCGGCAGAGAA